CUCUCUUGAGCUCCACAAGCAGAAGGAAAGAGUCGAAGCUGCUCAAUCAAUCUCCAACUUCGUCGAAUUUCGGUGCUCAAACGGUAAGAAAUCGUCGCUUGGUGAUCUCAAGCGCGAAACCGAAACCCUAGAAUCUGCUCGGUUCUGCUUCGAUUUGAGCACCGAGCUUCGUCAAAAUCGUUGAUUCACCUACUGUAGUCGACGGCGAGAAUGCGACGAUUCGCCGAUUUCGAUUUGGCAGGAAUCAUCGGUUGGGCGAGGUUUUUCUGUCUUGUGUAUCGCGAAAUCGCCGCCUGAGAAGGUAGCUUUCGAUUCCGUAGGAAAUGUCGCUUUCUGCCGCUUUCGGCGAGAGGCUGGAACAACUGGACCGGACCAGGAACGAGCGCCUCUCUCUCCUCCAGGCGGAGAGAGAACUGCAAGCCGCCAAAUCGCUGGUCCUGGAGUCGAAGCGUGCGGGCAUGAGGUCAAUGGAGGAGAGGUGCUUGAGGCUCGAGCGGAGCCUGGCUUUGCAGAGCUUGAAGAUCUCGGCUCUCGAAUCUGAGAUUGCCGCUCUCGAUGCCAAGUAUAACAACAAUGUGCAGCAAUUGAGGGCAUUGAAGUGCGACGUUGAGGAGCUCGAGGAGGUGGAGAAGGAGAAAGAGGGUUUCUACCGAGCUCGGACCAGUGAAAUGAAGGAUUUUAAAGAAUCUACAAACAGAUUCAUUGUGGAUUGCCACAUUCGCGUAGAGGAAUUAAGAGAUGAACUAAAUGGGCUGUAGACGAACGUUUCUUCACCGGAGCGGCUGGAGGAAGCCAUGUUUAAAAAGCUCGAGAGAUUCUGAUGAAUUAAGGCACUUUGGUCUUAAAAGUCCUGGUCAGCCUUCUGGUCUUAGAAGUAACUGGGUCAUGCGGGAAGAAAAGUAUUGAUGAACGCUUCAAGCCUUGAGCAACUCCUCUAGAUUUCCCAUUGAAAAGUCAACUUCUUUAGAUUGGUUGGACGACGACAAAGCCGGGG